CUGUUAGAUUUCCGACAAAUCGAAUAAAUAUUGCGACGCGACUGAUUUUUGGGGUACUGGGUCUAAAGAAAACAACAAAAUUGAAUUAAAAGUAGAUAUUAAAAUGUCCAGGAACAAUACGGAUACUGGGGACACAACCAUAAUGGCCACCACCAGCACAUCGGUGCAGGAUUUCGGUGCGGGCGACGAGCUGGAGCCGCCCCGUGAGUCUCUGAUAACCACAGCGGUUAGCUUUCUACAAAACACAAAAGUGCGGCACACAACGCUUAUCCAGAAGCAACAAUUCCUGCGGUCCAAAGGUCUGACGGCCCAUGAAAUUCAGUUGGCUUGCGAGCGGGCCGGCGUCUUUACCCAAGAUCCGAAUAAUCCCAAUACGGUUAUCAGCAUUGGCUCCCAGGUGCAGGCUCUGCAGCUACAGCCAACAGUUUUCGGCCGCAUACGCGAGAUAAUCCAUUCGACGGCCUUGUUUAGCGGUGUCAUCUAUGCGGUGUACCUGUUCUGGAAGAAAUUCAUUGCCCCCUACCUGUUUGGCAAGCCAAAGAGGAAGCCCGUCGAGGAGGUGCUGGAGGACAUCGACAAAAAGGUCGAGACGCGCACCGAGGACCUCAACAAAGAGAUCUCUGUGGUCAAGGACUUGAUCACCAGCCAGCAAAGGGAUCACGCCCAGCAGCUGAAUCGGGAGUUUAGUAACUUUCGCAGCGACUUGGAUGCCAUCAAGGGUCUGCUGCUGAAUCGCAAGCAGUUCGCGUCACCCGUGGCGCCAGUGCCAUCCAUUCCCGCCUGGCAGUUGGCCAGUUCGCCGCAUCAUCAUCAUCUGCACAGUCCGUCGGAUGACAAUGAGAAGGGCGACGAUGCUGGCUCCGGCUCAGGCUCCUCCGAAACCGAGGUCGUCACAAAAAACAGCGACUCCAGCCUAGAGAUCAUGUAGAGGCUCGCCAUAUUAUGGACUAUAUAGAUUAGCUAUAUAAUAUAAUAUUUAGCUGGAAACGUUUGUAUAUUGAAUUUCCCCCUUGAAUGCCUUUGA